CUAAGAAACCUCAAGUUGUUACGAAAGUAAUAUUGCAAAAAUUUAGGGAAGUUUAUGAAAAAGAUCCCAUUUCUUUUUUGACGUCAAUACUGGGCUGUUAUAAACAAGAGAUACCACCGCAGAAAAUUUCAAUAGAAAGCCGAGUCGAGUCGAGUCCUCAACAGAUCGUUCGCCCUAAAUCAACAUAUUCGCAAUUCAAAAUGGUUUGUAUUGCUUGUUUAUUGCCGCUUUUCUUGGUCCCAAUUGUCAACUUGCUGCCCCUACUCUUUGAUCUUAUCAUGGGAAAAAUUUAUGGAAUGUUGGGGUGGGAGUAUAGGAAACCUGAGAGGGCUCCUCCUGCGUGUCCCUAUAAGCCUGCAGCCAAACAAGAUAAUAACCCUAACAAAGUCGUGACGGAAGCUAAACCUGGCUUACAUGAAUCUGUAUCCAAACUGGCAGGAACGGCUGAUGACAAGCAGGAUUGAAGUUCAGAAUGAACAAAUGUAAACUUGGUCAUAAGAAUUUUCACUCUCAGGGACCCAGUUGUAUGUUCAAUGUCCAAAAAUUAAAAAUUAACAUCAGUUUUGAAACCUUUUUAAACUUGGUUGUGACAAUUUAUAACAUUUUUUAGGUGAAAAGCACAUUCUGUGUGAGAAAGAAUAUUGCAGUGGCACCACUUUACAUGCUAUCUCUUAACUCUGUUGCACUUGUUGAUAUUCUUUAAUGUUAAGUCAAUAGUUAUUUUAA